GCAGGCGGAUUAAAGAUGGCGCCCUCGCACGUACUAAGAUGCUGUCAACGGGGUUUAUCCUGGAUACCUGUUAUUUUCAUAAACCUGGUCGUCUGCUGGUCGUAUUAUGCUUAUGUCAUGGAACUCUGCAUAUAUACAAUCCCCAACCCAGAAGAACAAGUCAUCUACCUGGUGGUGUUUCAUCUGUCCUUCAUCAUGUUCAUGUGGUCCUACUGGAAAACCAUCGUCUCCAGGCCAACCAACCCAUCCAAAGAGUUCUGCCUUCCUAAGGCAGAGAAGGAGCAGUAUGAGAAGGAGGAGCGAGCUGAGGUCCAGCAGGAGAUCCUCAAGAGAGUCUCCAAAGGCCUCCCCAUAUACACCCGCACAGGAGGAGGAGCUAUCCGCUACUGUGACCAUUGUCAGGUGAUCAAGCCUGACCGCUGCCACCACUGCUCCACCUGUGACCAAUGUGUGCUGAAGAUGGAUCAUCAUUGCCCAUGGGUGAAUAACUGCGUGGGCUUCUCCAACUACAAGUUCUUUGUGCUGUUCCUGGGUUACUCCAUGAUCUACUGUCUGUUCAUCGCUGGGACCGUGCUGCAGUACUUUAUCAAGUUCUGGACACUUUGCCGACGGAGAGCUGCAGAAAACUGUCCUCAGAAUCAGCUCCCUGACACUCAUGCCAAGUUCCACGUGCUGUUCCUGUUCUUCGUGGCCACCAUGUUCUUCAUCAGCAUCUUGUCUCUCUUCACAUACCACCUCUGGCUGGUGGCAAAGAACCGCACCACCAUAGAAGCGUUCAGGGCCCCCAUGUUCAGGAACGGUGCUGAUAAGAGUGGCUUCACUCUGGGCUUCAGGAAGAAUGUGGCCGAGGUGUUUGGGGACCAGAAGAGAUACUGGCUCUUCCCCAUCUACACCAGUUUGGGUGAUGGCCACACGUUCCCCACCCGCCUGGUCAACAUAGACCCAGAACAGCUGAUUGGGGACCAGCCCAACUCCAAAUGUGCUUUAGAUGGAGAGAGCGUGACAAACUCACACAACCAUCUACUGGACGAGGGCCACAGGACUGAGGAUGGGGGACCCACAGUAACCGUCACAGUGGAGAAUGAGUCCUAGUCCUAGUCAGGAAGGGAUGGAGCCAUACACUCUGUUUGGUGGUCAAAACCCGGAGAGGACAGACGUUUUUACACACACACAUGCACGCACACACAUAUUCUCUCUCUCAAUGCCUUAAGGUCAGCUACAUUUCCAUGGAAACCUUCACUUUGAAUGACUGUUAAGAAAUGUUUCCUCAUCGCCAUGGAUACCCCCCCCUCCUCCUUUAAUUUUUAUCAGCCUUCAGAGCCUCACCAUCUGCUCACAUCACACACACUCACACACACACACACACACACACACACUCACAAACUAAAGAUUUGUCAAUAUUAGUCUUUGUUACUAACCAAAGACAGACAAUUGGAGCAUGUGAUUAGUUUAUUUAUUGAUAAUGGUCUUUUAUUAAUCAACUCUGGGACAGGUUUGAGCUCUCAAGCCAAAACAAGUGUGGUGGAUUUGCACAAGCCUGGGUUACUAUGGGUUACUAUCGCCCACAAACACCUCUGCACUGCCCCCCUGAGCGCCUCCCUCUCUUUCCCUCCCUUUCCUGGACACCUGCUCUGUAGAUCAGAAGUGUGCAAACAAGGGCAACAUUUUGUGAACAUUUUUCAGUUUGUGUUUAUCUCACUACAAAGAGUUCUGUGGUCAUUUUUCAGUUUGUGUUCAUCUCACUACGAAGAGUUCUGUGGUCAUUUUUCAGUUUGUGUUCAUCUCACUACAAAGAGCGUAGUCAUUUUGAAUGUACAAAAACAUUCCAAAGUAAGAGUUCAAAGAAACUGUGCUCAAAUAUUUGCUGAAUUUGUCUGCACACCUGGCUCUGAUGUGGCUCUGAUGUGGCUCUGAUGUGGCCCAGAUGUUUGCAGAUCUACAUCAGUUGUAGAAUCUGUGGCUGUCUCAGUUUAGCAGCUAAAUCGUCAUUGAUAUGCUGCCAUUUUGUGGUUUAAGCCCUUAACUGAGCUGCCCAGCAGGGUCAUUGGCAUCAGCGGCUGGGCUUCUGAGGAGCCCCACGGUGAGUGGAGACCUGCUGUAGUGAUACAGACCCGCCGGGUUGAGACCAGGCCAUGGCGGCCCGGUUCUGGCCCACAGCCCGCUGCUGUUCCGGUGCCUGAGCUGCGUCUGGAGCUGCUCUUUCUGAGGACACAGUUAUAUCCCAGGAUGUUUAGCCGUAAAAGCAGGCAGCCCAGUUUAUGGUGCUUGCCUACACCAUUGGCUUUCCUAGAUCAUAGCCAAGUCUGGAACAGACAGUUAAGAACACAGUUAAUGGGCCUUCUCAUCCAGGUGUAAAUAAGUCUGGAACAGACCUCUGUCCUACCUGAGCUCCAUCCAUCAGGACCAGAUCUCCAUCUGGUGAGCCCCAGAUGUGCUGGAUCAGUGGCCUCUGCAGUCAGACCCAGAUGUGCUGUUGUGUUCUGCUUCUGGCCAUCACGCUCAGAGUGGUGAGAAGCUCAGGAGCCUCUAGAGAUGGAGACAUCUCAUGGUGUUUAAGCUCAUGAGCCUCUAGAGAUGGAGAUGUCUCAUGGUGUUUAAGCUCAGGAGCCUCUAGAGAUGGAGACGUCUCAUGGUGUUUACUCGCACUUUAGCUGUCCAUUAACUCGCCCUCAACAUCUGUCUUUCUUUUGUUGCUGAUUUCUUUGUUUGUUUGUUUGUGUCAGUGUGCAGGCCAGUGCUGUGGGGAUAUUUUUCUCCCCAUGAAUCCUCUCUGACCUGUUUGUCAUCCAAGUGGAAAAGAGUUUGUAUGGUGUCAGUAGUUCAGCCUUCUGGUGAAUAGUUUUGGAGUAGUUCAGUCAUCUGGACAGAUCUGCUAGUGCCUGCUAGUAUACUACCUGCUAUUAGCCUGCUAGUAUAUGCAGCCUGCUAGUAUAUGCUACCUGCUAUUAGCCUGCUAGUAUAUGCUACCUGCCUGCAAGUAUAUGCUACCUGCUAUUAGCCUGCUAGUAUAUGCUACCUGCUAUUAGAGGUGGGCAUACUGCAUACUAACCGCUUAAGAUAUUGGAAUAUCAUAGUGACUAUGAACCAUUUUUUCUGCUGUGAAGCGUUACCCAAGUGUUUGAUUAUGGGGGCUCUGCACACCCCUGGUGCCCAAUGGGAGGCUAAUGCUAACAUGUGGCUAAUGCUAACAUGUGGUUGUGGAGCUGCCUACUCUGAGCUCUGCAGUUUAGCCCAAGGGCCUUCUCUGUUCUCCUGGUUCCCAGCAUGCUUCUCCACCUGCUGCAUCUCAGCUUUUCCCAUGAUGAUGUUCCUAAGCCACAUCUAGUCCUGUUCUGCAUCUCAUGAUGAUGUUCCUACGCCACAUCUAGUCCUGUUCUGCAUCUCAUGAUGAUGUUCCUACGCCACAUCUAGUCCUGUUCUGCAUCUCUGGGGUUUUGUUGGUCUGCAGGUUGUAUGCUGUAGUGAGCUUGCUCUUUCGCAGCUCAUCCUUGAUACUUCCCCCUACUCCUCCUCAGGUUCCUGCCGCCUGCUCAGUGCCUUUCCUUCAGACGUGCUUGUGUUUGGUCCGGUGUUGUCCAUCACCUUGCACAGUUGUGCUUGUUGUUGUUGCCCAGUGUGGUUUGGAGCGGUUGCUUUGUUUGUUCUUGUUGCCCUUGGUUAUGUGCUUGUGUAGAGUGCACACAGGAACUCUAUGGAGCUGAGAGGGGAUGUUUUGUGUUUACUCCAGAGAAACACUUCUCUCUUUCCCCACAGGGUGUCCUCACUGCAACAGAUGUGGGUGUGUAGUAUGACUAAAGUAGUUAUUUGUGAAAGUCCAGUGGUGAUGGUAGUUGAAACUUUUCAGCAUGCCGUGGUAGGACGUUUGUUGUAGCACGUUUGUUGCCAUGGUAACCCCUGUGGAACCGUGGGUCCUGCCAUUGCCCACUGCAAACUUAGCAUGUCCCCAGAUUUGUACUAAAACCACAUCCGACCCACGGGGCAAAGCUUAGGUAAAUGCGCACGCACACACACACGCGGCUCAGUGCUUUAAAUGCCAUAUGGUGUGUGAUGGUGUUCAAACCCUUGAGUGUUUGUGAAUUGAGUAUUCUUUUUUUAUGUUUUAAGUUGUAUUUUUGGGUAAAUGUAACUUGUUAUUUAUAUAU